AUGAGAAAGAGGUUCAACGGUGCCACAAUGGUUCUGAAGGAUAGCACUGGUAAAGAGAUCUCGAGGACCACUGGUACCAAUGGUGCCUACCUCUUCAAUGGCCUCAACGAUCAACUCUACUGCAUUGAAGCCAUACCAACAUCACCCAACUACGUUGCUGGUCUCUACAAGAAUGACAACGCCUUCAACAAUGGCAGAAAUUGCUUCGUGGCCAAUCCAAGCAAGAGCAAUGCUCACUUUGCGCUUGUCAAAAUUGAUCUGUAUGAUAGCGAGUACCGUGUUAUUAGAUCCGCGUUAACCAGUGUGGAUGGAAGCUAUGAGUUCCAUGGUCUUAACGCUUGUGUGUACUGUGCCUCUGGCUUCGACACCAAUGAAAAGUUAGUUCCAGAAAUGACAACGUCUACAUUGACGGUUCCCACUGCUUCCAUCUUGGUCCAGACGUUGAUAACGCUCAUUUGGCCACGAUCAAUGAGCCAGCUUGGAGCUCAAUCAAGACAUUUGAUCAGAACCAUUGACUAUGCCACUGGAGAGUUUGAACUCACUGGACUCCCCGCCGGAUCAUACUGGGUCAAGGCCACCCCAGGUGACUCAGCAUUCACUGCAGGUCCCAAGCAAAACGACAACGUCUUUGAGAAUGGCGAGUACUGUUUCAAUGUUGGUCCAUCCAUCACCACCGCACAUCUUGCCUUGGUCAGGAAGACCAACAAGGUAUCUGGAUUCAUCUGGAAUGACUCUCAGAACAACAAGGGUAUUAUGAACAAGGACAAGCCAUUUGGUGGUGUUCGCAUGGUAUUGAGCAAGGAUGGCAAGACUGUGGCGACUCAAAAUGACUUGACUGGAGCCUACUCAUUCGAAGACCUCACACCCGGCAGCUACUGUCUAACCGCCUCCAGAACCGACAACACCUACUCCCUCGGUGUCAACAAGAACGACAACCACUUCACCAACCCAGGCGGCAAGUACUGUUUCAGAAUCAUUGAUUCAGAUGUCACAGAUGCCAACAUUGGUUGGGUCAAGAUGUUUGGAUUGGAUGUUGAGGUCUGGGAUGACUCUUUGCUGAACAAGGGCAUUCAUGACCCUACAAAGGUUAUGUCUGACGUAAAGGUUGAGGUCAUUGACGCAGAGGGCAAGGUGAUCAGCACUCUUACCACACCACAAGGUCCCCUCCACAUUAAUCUUCCACAAGGCAGCUACUGUCUCGCUAUUAGCAAACCAGACUUCCUACCAUCCGAAGCCCAUGACCAAGACAACCACUUUGAUGACAAGGGUACACUGUGCUUCGAUCUCGACACUGACAAUGUUAAAUACCUUGGAGCCUUAUACAAGCCAAGGACUAAGUUCUCUGUGUCUGGAUUCGCUUGGGAUGACUCUGAGCUCAAUCAAGGCACUUUGGACAAGACCAAGCUAUUUGGUCCAUGGGGAAUGAACCUCACAGACAAGGAUGGUAAUGUGUUAGAAUCAAAGACUGUGACCGGUGCAUACUCCUUCACCGACCUCGAUGCUGGCGACUACUGUAUCAAUGCUACUUUGAAGGUUGCUGGUAACCAGUACUACUGGUGGGGCAUGCCAAGAAAGGACAGCAAGUUCGAUGGCGGCAAAUACUGUUUCACCCUCGGUCCAGAUGAUAUCACCAAUGCCCAUAUUCGCUCCACCAAGUUACUCUCAUACAGCAUUAGAAUAUGGGAUGAUACCACUGACAACCAAGGAAUAUUCGAUGAGGACAAGCUGAUCCAAGGAAUCAACUUUGAGUUGAGGGACGAAGAUGGAGUGCUGAUCUACAAACGAGCUUCAUAUGGCGGUGCACUCAUUCUUAAGGGUCCACCAGGUAAACUGUGCAUCAACCUGCUGCCACCAUUUGGCAAAUACAUCCCAUCCAGUGUCAUGAAGAACGACAACAUCUUUGACAGCAAUGGCAGGUACUGCUUCACUUUGGACAAGAGUAACCCAUCAAUCAAGGGUGCCAUGGUCAGGACCGUGUUCAAUGUUUCCGGUUUCGCCUGGGAUGACUCGGCCAGCAACGCAGGUCUCCUCGACACUUCCAAGCCAUUGAAUGGCGCGAUGAAGAUGGAUCUCACGGACAAGGAUGGUCAAGUGCUCAACUCUGUGCCAACGUUCAAUGGAAACUUCUCCUUUGCUGACAUGCCAGCUGGCGAUUACUGUCUCAAGGCCACACCCGUCGAGACCAAGUAUCACACCUGGCUCAUUCCCAAGGGUGACAGCAAGUUCAAGGACUUAUCAUACUGUUUCACUCUUGGUCCAGAUAUGAUCGAUGCCAAUAUUCGUGCAUCAUUAUACCGCAACUACACAUUGACCGUUUGGGAUGACACUGUUACCAACCAGGGUCUGUAUGAUUCUACUAAGAACAUCUCUGGAAUCAAGGUUCAGUUGAAGGAUGCCGAGGGUUCCACCAAUUACCCACUCUUGACCACAACAAAUGGACCUCUGAAGAUCAGGGCACCCCAGGGUAUGGUGUGCAUGACCCUCACUUCCCCCGAUGGCAAGUACGUCCCAUCCACCGUCAAGAAGAACGACAACCUCUUUGACAGCACUGGCAACUACUGCUUCAAACUCGAAAGAGAUGGACUGGAUCUCAAGGGUGCCAUGGUCGAGGCUCCAACGUUCAGCAUCAGUGGAAAUAUUUGGGAUGACUCGGCACUUGAUCAAGGAACACUUGAUAUCAACAAGCCAUUGGCUGGUGUGGUCAUGGUGCUCAAGGAUAAGAACGGAAAGGAUUUGAUCACUUUGGACAACACUGCCACUAGUGCAGGCACUUAUGAGUUUGAGAACAUACCUGCAGGCGAUUACUGUAUCCAGGGUACAUACACUGCUGGCGGCUACUGGCCAUCACUCAAGAACAAGGACUCCAAGUUUGACAAUGCCGGUGUCUACUGUUUCAAGCUGGGACCAGACAUCACCAAUGCCCACUACGGUCUGAUCAAGACGCACAAGGUCAGCGGCUCAAUCUGGGAUGACAGCGCCGACAAACAAGGAAAGCUCGAUCCAUCCAAGUUGGUGCCAAAUGUCGAUGUCACAGAGACCGAUGCCAGCGGCGCCACCUUUGUCUUCAAGUCCAUGGGCAGAUACUUCUACUACGUCAAGACCACCCAGAACAUUUGUCUCCAAUUGACUCCACCAGCUGGAUACACUGCACUUGGAACUGUUGUCGGUGACAACAAGUUUGACAACACCAACAAGGCUUGUUUCUUGGUUGACAAGGACAUGCUCAAUGUCGAUGGUGCUCUCAUCAAGUCCAACAGAAGAAGAUAG